CACACACACACACACACACACACACACACACAGUGAAAACAAUAAAAGGACAAUGACAUUGGCCACGUCAAAAGCAUUGCGACCAAACAAAAUACCCCAGACCCAGUUACAGCUACUUAAUCAGUUGCAUACGUUUUCAUACCAAAGGAGCUUUAUAUAGUUGUAAAAGCUCCUUUUUGUUUAUGCACAUAAACAUUUUAUGUAGUCUUGAUUUGGGUGUUUACAAUGGUCAUUUACAUUUGAAAGGAUUUUAAAUCUAGUUCAUUAAAUUAAAAUUUCCCAACAACAAAAAUUGUGGCCAAUGAAAUUGCUGAGUGGCUAAUAAACUACUAGCCACAGUGACGAGUGAGCAAAAUGUUAAUGUCAAGCUGAAAUAUUGUUCCCACACCAGGCCUAAUUAAACACUUUGUCUCCAAAUAUUUUUGGACUCAUAAUUGGUGUUAAUAAACUGGCAUCAGUCUUUUGCAUGCAAAACCUCUUAACAUGUAACGUUAAAGAAGGGAAAAUAUCACACAUAUAUACUAUAGAUUAAUGUAGGUCACUGAUCUAUGGACAAUAUCACCAAUAUUACCGAGAAAAGCAACAUGACAAACACAACAGUGCAGUGGGCUCACUUCCUGUCUUCACAUUUUUUCUCACUUCCCGUAACGGAGAGAGAGAGAGAGACUCUUCACCUCGUAAAGUGAGAGAGGACGGCGAGAAAGGACGCAUACAGGAUUUAUGACUCACUCAAAGAGGUAACAGUGAAAGGUGGCCAUCGCAUCGAGAAUUGCUACGGACUCUUGGCAAGUUCUUGACUCGAUUCAGUUUGAUGGAGACCAAAAAGAACACCCCUGGAUCGCCGUGAAACCAGCGCUUAAGCCAGAAGCUGUGCUGGAUUCUCUGUGCGAGGCGCGUUGAUGCCAAUAGAACAACCCUGACGUCGACACAGCUCAGCCACCAUGGCCACAUUCUCCACUUCCUUCCCUUUCACUCUUUCCACAUCCGCCUCGACCAACUCCUCGCUUCCCAUCUCGACGGCAUCCCUCCCGGUUGCCAUGCCGUCCUCCCACCCGUCCACCUCCGAGACGCCGUGCUCGUUUGACGACCACGCCCUCCGUCUGCCGCAGGCCGUCCUCUACUCGCUGUUCUUCCUCUUUGGCCUAGCGGGGAACCUCUUCGCCCUGUGGGUCUUCCUUUUCUUACACCCGAGCCGCAACUCCGUGCGGGUGUUCCUCAUCAACUGUGCCGUGGCCGACCUGGUCCUCCUGGCGUGUCUGCCCUUCAGAGUUUUCUACCACCUCAACAGCAACAACUGGAUCCUGGGAUCUGUGGCCUGCAAGGUGGUGGGGAACCUGUUCUACAUGACCAUGUACGUCAGCAUUACGCUGCUGGGCUUCAUCAGCUUGGACCGAUACGUGCGGCUGAAGGGGAAAGGCCGAGCCAAGAAAGGCAGGAGCCUGACGCUGUGGGGGCGCAGCCGGGAGUGGAGCUGGGUGGUGUGCGGGGUUUUGUGGGGUGUGGCGCUGGUGGGGCUGGUGGCCAUGGCGUCCACGGUGGAGGACGAGAAGUUCACCGGCAAAUGCUUCCAAUUCAAGCAGCGGAGCAGCAAAGCCAAAGGGAAGGCCUACUUCAACGGCCUCCUGGUGCUGUUCUUCUGGCUCGUCUUCGCCAUGCUGGUGGUGUCCUACGGCAAGAUCGCGUCUCUGCUGCUGAGGGUGUCGCGGGACAAGCCGGACUUUCCCAACGCACAGAGGUACGGGCGCACCGCCAGGAAGUCCUUCUUCGUCCUCUUCCUGUUCACCGUCUGUUUCGGGCCCUACCACGCCUUUCGCCCCGUCUACAUCCUCUCCCAGCUCAGCGACGCGGCGUCCUGCGACUACUUGCAAAUGGUGGACCGCACCAACGAGGUGAUGCUGCUGCUCUCCGCCUUCAACAGCUGCCUGGACCCCGUCAUGUACUUCCUGUUGUCCGGCUCGGUGCGCAAGGCGGCCCUCCGAGCGCUCGGCCACCGGCUCGGCCACCGGCUGCCCUUCCUGAACGACCCGACGUGGAACAGCUCGACGUUGGAGUCCAGGCGAGGCUCCGCGCUGGUGGCUUUUCCUCACCGUGGCUCCCACACCCCCUCGGCCACUCCCAGGACAAGCAUCUGCGCCAUCAACUCCACGCUCCGCUGCACCGGACUGACCACGCUUUCACCGAACCGGCUAGCAGUGAUGGACCCCAAAUUAUAUAGGUUGGAAAUUAAUACAAACUAAAUGUUUGUCUUACUACUGGGCUAUUCUUACUGCCUUGUGUGGGAAUAACUGGUCCAUGUUCUAGUUCAGGGCUUACUCGCCAACAUGAUCUCUCGCUGGUUCGCUGCAGCACAGAGCCUCUGCGCUGCGUGUGAAAUCCUCCCGUAUUAUUCAUAUCGGUUUCUGAGACUAUGCAUUUGGUGCCGCUAUUUCUUCUUUAAGUGGUUUACUGUGUUUAAGUCAUUUCAACUUCCCCUACCUCCGAUUAUCAGUUGUGAUGUGUAACCUUACAUUUUGAAUUUUAAAUAAUUUAGCCACUAUGUAUGGUUAAGUGUAAAUGGAAUAUGAUGCAAUCUGCCUCUGAGCCUGUGCGUGUGUCCUCGUCCUUCUUAUUGGUCCUUUAAAGUGACGUAAAUGGAAUUUAUUGAAACCUAUUGAAAUUUAGGGGUAUUUGUUGUUUUUUUGUUUGUCCUGAUUCAUAAUUAAUAUGAUAGCAUGUUAUAGUUGCCCCUUUGUUUGGUGUGUGUUCACACUGCAACAUUGAACAGCAGACUAAAUGUUGUAAACAACCAUUUUAAUGCAGCUACAAAUAUACCUUUUCUUUUUAUGUGUGGGGGUUUGGCGGUGUGGGGGUGCAUGAACCCAGUUGGAAUGUAAAAGGGGUGCGUGGCCUAAAAGGUUUGGGAACCGCUGUUCUAGUUCAAUGCUCGAGUGACAGGUUGACAGCACUGUUAUGUUUGGGGGGAGGGGGAGGGGGGGGAUGUGCUUCAGUGACAGCAGCUUUUUUUAAGAAUGCAUGUUCUAUGUACUGUGUGUAUGUGUGCAUGCGUGCUUCCCAUCUGAGAGAAGUAGAAUGUGUGCAGUUGUUUUAAUGGAUCAAGUGAUCGAUGAAUUAUCUAAAAAACACAUAUGGCUUCUUUCAAAAUAAAAAGGCCAUUUUGAGUAUCCGUAA